GCCAUCCCCGACCUCCCUCCCUCCGGAAGCAGCCCGUAGCCCUGCAGCCAGAGGCCCCCUGGAAGAGCCCAAAAGGAGUUUCCCAGCGGGCCGGGGGAAGAAAGAAAAUAGUCAACCAUGUCGAACGCCAUGUAUAAUAAGAUGUGGCACCAGACCCAAGAUGCUCUUAAUUCCUUGCUUAACAAAGAGUCCGAGAAGACGUCAGAGCCCAAGAGCAACCAAGUCUUCAUCUCCCAGAUGUUAGCCACCUUCUACAUCAAAUACGUGCAGAUCUUCAGCAACCUGGAGAACAUCUACGACCAGGUGGUGCACCCACAGAAGCGCAUACUCAUCCGGAAGAUUCUGGACGGGGUGAUGGGCCGUAUCCUGGAGCUCAAGAAUGAGAUGGUGGAACUGGAGCUGAGCGAGUUCCACUACUUCGACGACAUCCUGCAGGACCUCAAGCUGGCCCCUCAACAGUUAGACAUUCCCAUACCAAGGUACUUUUUGAAGGAGAAGUUGGAAGUCAUCAAAGGAAGAGAGAAAAUCCUUGCUCAGAUAUUGGCCAACAGCGGCCUGGACGCCAUGGACGUGAAAUACACUAUCAAGAGCAUGCCCCUGGAGGAGGCUGCUAAGGUGGUCCAGAUCGCCGAGCGGGCUCGGCAGGGCCGCCUGCGAGCGCUGUUCAUGAAACAGAUCUACCUCCAGGAGUACCGGGCCAGGCAGGCCAGGCUGCUUGGCGAGAAAGUCGUGGAUGUGGGGGCUGCGGCUGUGUGCAUCCAGAAGGUUUGGCGAGGCUUCUGUCAGUGUAGGAAAACCAAGCGAGACCGGGAGGAGGAGAUGAUCUUCCUGGGCAUGAGCCCGCCUCCUCUCUUCAAUGAAGUCAGCGGCACCGUGAUCCAAGCCGAGAAGAUCAGCCGUCUGCGGACUGAGGUGCAGCAGCAGCACGAGGAGGACUACAAGGAGGCCAUGGUCACCAUCAAGAACGACCUGAAGUUCAUCGAAGGCCCCGACAUCAAGGAGAACCUGCAAGACCAGAUCCGGCACUGGUUCCUGGAGUGCAGGAAUCUGACCGGCACGUUCCCUGACUACCCCGCCGAAGAAGAAGGAGGCUCUGCCGUCAUUUUCUCCAACAAGACCCCACAGCAGGUUAUUGAUGAUAUCAUUGCAAGCCAAGAGGAUGAGGAGAAAAACAAAAAGAAAAAGAAAAGAGAAAAGGAAAAGAAGCUGAAGAAAGCAAAGAAAGAGCUGGAAAGGAAAGCAGCGAAGGAAAAAGCAAAGGAGGAGGAGGAAGAGUGGAAAAUGUCCCCGAGUGUUUUCCUUCAUACCUUGGAGGAAGAGAAUAACUCCUACAGAGACUUGUGGAUGAACAGAGACGAGUCUUGCAAUUUCCCUCAGGACUACGACCCAGAACUGAUCAAAGAGGAGAAGCGGAAGGAGCUAGAGGCCGAGAUUCGAGUGCAGGUUGAUGAGUUGAUGAGACAAGAGCUGAAGAACCUGCAGCUAGCUGUGAACAGAGAAAGGGAACUUCCCAUCAAGCACGGCAAGAAGGGGAAGCAGAAAAAUAAACAGAAGAAAGGCAAAAGAGGAAAGAGGGAGGACAAGGACCUGACAGCUGACAGGUCCAUCGAGUCUCUGUACAAGGAGCUGGUAGAAGAAGGAGUGCUGAUCAGAACUCACCAAGUCAGGCUCUCUGACUACAUUGGUGAGUACAGCUACCUGGGGACAACCCUCCGCCACGUGUCCAGAGAACCCAUGCCGUCCCCCAUGGACGUCAGGCAGCUCGUCACGCUGUAUGGGAUCCUGCCCUUAGGCUCAGCCUCAGUGCACGAGAAAGCGCCACUGGUGAAGUCGCUGCUGCUGGCAGGGCCGUCUGGGGUUGGAAAGAAGAUGUUGGUCCACGCCAUCUGCACAGAAACAGGAGCCAACCUCUUCAACUUGUCCCCGUCCAACGUCGCUGGGAAGUACCCUGGCAAGAGCGGCCUGCAGAUGCUGUUGCACUUGGUCAUCAAGGUGGCUCGGCAGCUGCAGCCCUCCGUGGUGUGGAUCCAAGACACAGAGAAAACCUUUUACAAAAAAGUUCCCAACACAGAGAAGCAGAAUGAACCCAAACGCCUGAAAAAGCAGCUUCCAAAAAUCCUGAAGCUCCUGAGACCCGAAGACAGGAUCCUGAUCGUGGGGACCACCCAGCGCCCCUUCGACGCUGAGCUGCAGUCCUUCUGCAGGGUUUAUCAGAAGAUCAUCUUGGUUCCCAGGCCCGACUACGCUUCUCGAUAUGUUUUGUGGAAAGAAAUAAUCCAGCGCCAUGGAGGAGUCCUUACCAACGCCUUGAACGUCAGCUGCCUGGCCAAGGUCACCGACGGCUUCACCCAAGGAGCUGUUGUGCAGGUGGUGAGAAGCGUGCUCACGGAGCGGAGGAUCCGGAAGCAGGACCACAGGCCGCUGGUGGCGGCUGAGUUCAUCACGGCCAUAACCAGCAUGAGCCCCGUGUACAAAGAGGAGGAGGAGAGCUUUAAGGACUGGUAUACAAGGACGCCUCUAGGACAAAGACGAGCCUUGGCGCUGACGGGAGGCCUGGGCAAAGACAAGAAGGAAGGAAAGAAGGAGAAAAAGAAAAAGUAGCAUUUUCUGAAUCGCCACCCCUGGGUCUCUGUGGGAUGGAGACAGCCCCGGUCCUCCAGAGAGAAGAUUCU